CUUUAAUACAGCAAAAAAUCUUCUAAAAUGAAAAACUGACACGUGGCGAUGAUAUUUUCCAAGUAGUUGAUUUUAACAAACCAUCAAAAAGUUUUAUGUGUCCUAUGUUGCGUGCUUUUGGCGUCCAUGUCAGACAGAUCAUCUCAACUCCAAUGAAGAGCACUGGAAAAAACACAGCUGCCCUGAACGGUCCUUUGUGAGACCAGUGGUGUGGCAGCUGGAUUAUCCAGUUUGUUUAAUGCCUGUGCUGACAUGUGACUGUCUUCUUUCUUACAGAUCACAACGAGCGACGUAAGCCAGAGCAUCGUUCUUCAAGCCAAGGACCGUUGUCAUCCAUUAGAGCGGUAAUCAAGAGAUCACUCAUGAAUAGUACACAGCACAAUGCCCCGUGGAAGAGCUUCUAGGACCUGUAUUCAGAGUGAACUUCAUCGGGAUAGGAGGCGCCCAGAGAUCACCAUUGUGGCAGCAGAGCCACUGAGGCCGGCCUCGUGGUUUCCAGGAGCUCCACCACCAGGACUGGGAUUUCCCUCCACCCCUGUAGCAGGCCCUUGGAGACCAAAUGACUUGGUUCCUGCUGAGCUUCCGCCCUCCUAUGAGCAAGUGAUAAAAGAGAUCAACCAAGUUCAGGUCAACACUACAAAUAACAAUAAUGCCGCUGCCACGCCAAGGAGCACUAUUACUUCUGCAACUCAGACCGACUUUCCGGAAGAAAUAGACAGCGAUCUGCCUCAAACACUACAGGCACCUCUCAAGCCUCUGCAGGCAUCUCCAGCAGCCUCAGCCGGUGACCUCCCACCAAGUGUAGCGCCUUUAAUAGUCUUUGAUAUUUCUGAAGAGCAGACUUGUCCUGAAAACCCCAGUGCUACAAGAUGUCCAGUGCCAAGACCAAGAUCAAAACCCAACCUCAGACCAGUAGCUAGAGAUACUAACAGUGAAGAAAAAGGUAUCCAGAAAAGCCCAGUGGGCCCCAGAGAAGACUGGCCACCCCCGUGUCUGCUGGACAGCACCUGCAACUUAGAUAGUCAGGCUGUGAUGAACAUUAUGAACACAGAACAAAGCCAAAAUAGUAUUGUUUCCAGGAUCAAAGCAUUUCAGGGUCAGACAAAUACAGAAAUCUCAGAACUGCCCAGGAAACCAGAGAUUAUUCCCCGCACAGUUCCCCCGAAGCCUGCUGUUUCCUCAGGGAAACCUUUGGUGCCGCCCAAGCCAGCUGCUAACCGGGAUUCUGGACAGUGGGGCUCUUGGACCGGAAACAGGUUCAAGGUGACUUCCAGAGAAGGGCUCACCCCAUCCUCCUCGCCACAAGAAGCCGAAAGUAUCUCAGUAACCAAACCUGAAUUGCCAAAGAAACCAACUCCUGGCCUUACACGAAGUGUGAACCAUGAGAUUUCGGGAGGAAGGCCCGUGGCCGAGAGCCCAGAUGCAGGGAAGAAAGUUCCAACUCCUGCACCCCGGCCUUUGCUACCGAAGAAAUCAGCGUCUCCAGAUGCCCCAACUUACCCUUCGGUUCCACCAAAACUGGUUUCAGUUCCUCCCCGCCUCUCAGUAGCAUCACAAGCCAAAGCGUUCAGGUCACCGGGAGAAGGGCCUCCAGCCAACACUCCAGCUCCAACCCUGCAGAACAAGGCGCUGGGAGACAUUGACCUCAUCAGCUUUGACGAUGAUGUUUUGCCCACCUCAGGGAGCCCAGCCGAAGAACACAUUGGUUCUGAAACGGUUCUAGAUCCCUUUCAGCUCCCCACAAAAACAGAACCAACAAAAGAAAGAGCCGUUCCACCAGCGCCCACCAGGAAGCCUACUGUAAUUCGAAUCCCAGCCAAACCAGAAAAAUGUUUACACGAGGGCCCACAAGGUCCACCUCCUCUUCCUUCCGAAAAGCCUGUUGGGAACACUUACAGUACAGUGUCUGGAAAGAUCAGUAAUGCGGACAGAACUAGACACCCGGAACUGGAGCAAGCCAGUGAAUCAGGAGGCUUGGGACAUGGACCCCCCAGAUUACCACCAAGACCUGUUCAUGGAAAAGUCAUUCCACUUUGGAAGCCUUCUCCCAAAGGGGCCCCUGAGAGACCACCCCCCCCUAAACUUUCUGCAACCAAAUCAUCAAGUAAAAAUUUGCCUCUUAAUCGGUCCUCCUCAGACAUGGAUCUUCAGAAAAAGCAAAGUCACUUGACCUCUGGGCUCUCAAAAGCCAAGAGUCAGGUUUUUAAAAACCAAGAUCCGGUGCUACCACCUCGUCCCCAACCCGGACACCCUCUCUACAGGAAAUACAUGCUGUCUGUGCCUCAUGGAAUUGCCAAUGAAGACAUUGUCUCCCAAAACCCCACGGAACUCUCUUGUAAGCGAGGGGACGUGCUUGUGAUCCUGAAGCAGGCAGAAAAUAAUUACUUGGAAUGCCAGCGGGGAGAAGGCACUGGCAGAGUUCACCCAUCCCAGAUGAGAAUCAUCACUCCCCUUGAGGAGCGGCCGAGAAGCAGACCUAACCUCUGCUUUCCCUCCAAGGAUUCCGGCCACACUGUUGACAGUGGAGCUCCUCAUGCUGUGGUUCUGCAUGAUUUCCCAGCAGAGCAAGCUGAUGACCUGAGUCUCACAUCUGGAGAAAUUGUUUAUCUUCUCGAAAAAAUUGACGCAGAAUGGUACAGAGGGAAAUGCAGAAACCAGACUGGCAUAUUUCCUGCCAAUCAUGUCAAAGUCCUUGUUGAUAUUCCAGAAGGAAGAAGUGGAAAAAGAGAAUCGUUUCCUUCUCACUGUGCUAAAGGCCCACGAUGUGUUGCUCGGUUUGAAUAUAUCGGAGACCAGAAGGAUGAGUUAAGUUUCUCAGAGGGAGAAGUAAUUAUUCUUAAAGAAUAUGUGAAUGAGGAAUGGGCCAGAGGAGAGAUUCGAGACCGAACUGGGAUCUUCCCCCUUAACUUUGUGGAACUUGUGGAGGAUCAUCCCACAUCUGGUGCAAAUAUCUUAAGCACAAAGGAGCCACCAAAGACCAAAAAUGAAGACCCUGGCUCAAAUUCUCAGGCUAGCAGCCCUUCUGGAGAGUGGUGCAGAGCUCUGCACAGCUUCACAGCAGAGACCAGUGAGGACCUCUCCUUCAAACGAGGAGACCGGAUCCUGAUCCUUGAGAGGCUAGACUCGGACUGGUACCGUGGCCGACUGCACGACAGGGAAGGCAUCUUCCCAGCCGUGUUUGUGCAGCCCUGCCCAGCAGAAGCAAAAAGUAUGACUACCACAAUAUUGAAGGGGAGGAAGGUCAAAGCCCUAUAUGAUUUCCUUGGGGAAAAUGAAGAUGAACUCUCUUUCAAGGCUGGAGAUAUAAUAACAGAGCUGGAGCCCAUAGAUGAUGACUGGAUGAGUGGAGAGCUAAUGGGAAGAUCUGGAAUAUUUCCCAAAAACUACGUUCAGUUUCUGCAAGUCAGCUGAAGGUGAAGCUUGGCUGUUCCUGGGCACAAGAACUCACUUGAACACUCACUUUGACUAUCAGAUAUUUUGCACUAUUUUUUUUAACGGAAAGAGAACUAUCUAAGCUGUAUGUGGUACACUAGGGUUUCUGAGAGCAGAAAACUUGUAGGUUUUAUAGUUUAGCUUCAUUCGUAGUGGAAGGGUGUACAUAAAUCGGAAGUGAGGAAGCCAGGAAGGAAACAUUAGUGGGGACAGCGGGCAGAUGCACACUUUCCCAGGAAAUCAUCUGGUGUUGGCAGCGUGGGGAGGCUAAUGAUAGGAACUGUACUCAUACACCUGUCCCCAUCAACACACUGAAUUAACCCUGCUUCUUCAUUUUCUACUUUAGUUUAAAAAGAGGACUUUGACGUUCUACAUGCUGUAACUAUCAGGACAUGGAUGGUAAUCAGAAUUUCAUUUUUUGAUACUCAAAUUAAUUCUAACAGCUUGAGCACAUGAGUCUUAGUCCCAGGGCAAAUUCUUGCUUCUGGACAGAUAGUGUGGUAACUAGAGGAACAUUUAUAAGCAGGUGGGGAAAUGAGCUCAAGUUUCCCCCUGAAUGUUCCUUGUAUUCCCAGAAUUUCCCAUUUGUCCAGGGACUUGAAGGGGUCAAAAGAACCAAAACCAUCCCUGAGAUGCCUUGCUAAUACAACUAACCCUUCCACAGACAUGCCACACUUAUCUCUUUGUCCAUGUAUACUUUAUGUUAACAGGGUUAUUAUAAAGCACACUUUCUGAAUCUGCAAUCAUUCCUUUGACAAUUACUGGUACCCAAGGAAAACUCAUUUUCUUUGCAUUACCCCAGUAAUACAUAAAAGCUGUGUCUUGUUAUAGUAGUACAUUAUGAAUCAUGGAUAGUAUCUUACAAUACAGAGCAAAUGGGUAAGAUGAAAAAUAGUGGCAAGGCCUGGUAGCUCAUUCAUUUCUUCUCAAUAUAAUCAGAAGAAAAAAUAAUUUAAGAGGACUGAAGGCUGGUGCAGCUCCCCACCCCACCCCCUGGUCAUCCCUGGAGUUAUUGGAGUAAACACAAGACCACUUCCCUGCCGACUAGGGUAUCACAUUUUGAGCUUAAAAAGUGGUUCUUGCAUGACUGAAUCAAUUACCGUUUACAAACUAAAGCCAAAUGGAUUGAAGACAAUCUUCCUGAUGGAUCAGUGGGUUAACAUUUCACUGGAAAUGUGAAACACUUCCCAACAAGGUUUGUGGCUUUCUUCUGUUUUUGAGAAGAGUGCCAUAUGCUGGACCACUUCUUAGUUUCCAUUGUUUUCCCCAUUAUCCAAAUAGCUGGGUAGCCAAUGAUUAUCUGAACAUGUGGGUGCUAUAAGGAAGUAAUAUUUACUUUGACUUUGACUAAAUUUCCUAUCCCUGGAAUAUCAUUACAUUUCCUUUUUGGAAUUUAGGACCUGUACUAUGUUUUGAGUGAAGAAUGUAUAAGGAAAAUUCUUGUCAGUUUUCAAUCAAAUUAAUUUCAUGGGACUGGGAUAACUUAAAGUGUUAUCCAAACUAAAUUCUCAUUUGCAGCCAGCCGUACAAGCACAUGAAGGGGUCAAGGGUGAGGAGUGGGCCAUGAAGCGUCUUUGCUUAUGGGAUUUCAACAUCUAAUAGUAAAGAUUCUGAAAAAUCUAGCUUUAUUGAAGAAAAAAAAAAUCCCUCUUAUAUGUUGGCCUUCUGUAAGCAGAAUGAUAAGUGCAAUAGUUGUGUAUCUACUUUACACUAUAAUAAACUGAACUGAACUUUUCAAUUCCUUAUCUACUAUACUGCAUUUUUCAGAAUGUAGACAGUAUCUUACUUAUCCUUGUAUCUCCAGUCCUUUGCCCAGGUGGGUGAGGUGGCUCUGUGCUAGGUGGGUUUGUUGUACAGACAGAUGGAUGACUUCACAGGAAGCAACAACACUAUCAAGUCUACUCAAUACUUUUCCUCUUUGUUUGCAGAAAUAUAUAUUCAAACAAAUUUUUUGUCAUUUCACUCUA